UCCCAAACGAAACAGCUUCAUAUGUAGUCAGAAAAGCAAGAUUUAUUUUUCUGUAAAAUAUAUAGAUUACAUGCAUUCAUUAUACAUUGGCAUUAGGAAAUUAUAUUUUAGAUUAUUUUACAUUGUUUUUUCUUGGAUUGUUGUAUAUAAAUAUUAUACAUAGCCAACAUAACCUUAAAAUGUUAAAUUUCUACUACAAGACAUUAUAUUUUACAUUGUUUUCUAUUAGUUUUAUGCAAUGUGCAUCUGAUAAUGAAUUUUGCAAUCAAAUAGAUGAAUAUGGAGAGACAAAUCAAAAUUGCAAUGUCCAAACGCAUUAUUCAAACAACCGUUAUAUUCUUUAUGAUAUUAAUCCACCGGAGGGUUUCAAUCUCAGAAGAGACGUUUACGUUCGCAUAGCAGUUUUUAUAAAAAAUUUAAUUCAAAAUGAGGAGAAAUAUAAAUGGAAAUUAGUUCUGCCACCAUGGGGUAAUUUGUACCAUUGGCAAUCUAAGAACAUAGGAUCUCAAACACAGCUGCCUUGGAGCCUGUUUUUUGAUAUUACAAAUCUCCAGAAGUAUAUACCAGUUAUUGACAUGUAUCAAUUUAUACAAGAGUAUCCUACAAUAAAUAGACACACACAACUUGAUGUUGUAUAUAUACUGCAAAAUGAUGAGGAAAUGUUUCAAACAGGAAAGUUUGAAGACAAAAAUGAAAUAGUAGAAUGUACUGAUGAAGCUUUACAGUAUAAUAAACCAGAGUCUGUAAAAUAUGGUAGAUACUUUUGGGGAUACAAUAAUGUAACUUCAGAAACCAUUAAAUGUGUCAAGUUUCAUGGAAUGAUGUCAGAUUUAAAACAAAAUCUACAACCUUCUAUUUACAAGUCUGUAAUGUUUGAUCACAUGGAAAUUGCAUUACAUGAUUCUUAUGGAUCACAAGAGUAUUGGAGAGCCAGACGCAGCAUGAGAUACAACCCUGAGUUGUACAAAAUUGCUAAUGAAUACAGGAAACAUUUUCUUAAUUCAUCAGAUAUAGCUGAUAAGACUGAAAGACCACCUGACUGGACUCAAGAGAAGAGUAGAAGAAAUGCACUUGGAGGACCAUACCUAGCCAGUCAUUUAAGAAGACGCGAUUUCGUGGUCGGUCGUUCCUCGACGGUACCAACGAUAAAAUCUGCUGCCUCUCAAUUGCGGAAAAAGAUGGAUGAACUUGGAUUAAUUGUUCUGUUUGUUGCUACAGAUGCCAUAGAAAGUGAAUUCAACGAACUUAAAGAAUAUUUGACUGAGUACACAGUACUAAGAUACAUUCCAUCAGAUUAUAUACUAAACAAAUUCAAAGAUGGUGGAGUAGCGAUUAUUGAUCAAAUCAUUUGUUCCCAUGCUAGGUAUUUCCUGGGAACGCGUGAAUCAACGUUUACUUUUAGGAUACAAGAAGAGAGAGAGAUAAUUGGUUUCCCGUCUAAAACAACAUUUAAUACUUUAUGUAAAGAUAAUAAAAAAUGUAGUUCAACCGGGCAAUGGAAAAUUGUUUGGUAAUAUAUAAAAAUAUGAAUCAAGUAUCAGUUUUAAUGUGAACAGUGACUGUAUAAAUAUAUUGCUCUCGUGUACAUUUAAA